AACCAGGUUCGUAAAUCCAAUGAUUGUUGGGUAGAGUACGGGCCUCAACGUACUUGAACCGAGUUGAUAUGCCUGGACCGGACUGGACGGAGCAUAACCCAGUUCUUAAACAGGAUUAGGUUUUUGAUUGCAAAUUUGGACCGGAUUCAAUUUCCAAUCCUUCUUUUCCUAGUUCCUCCAACCGGACGAAUCCCUCUCCCAAUUCCUUUAUCGAUUCCCCUUUGCCAUUUGCGUUUCACGUUCGGUUGCCGCGCCUUGCAAUGUAUAUAGCCGGUGCCUCCUAAGGCUUAGACGGCGGCUUAUUCCUCCAUUCUCCGGCCGUCAAAGAACUCCAUCUCCUUCGGAACCCCAACCCUAACUCUAAUUCCCUCUCCUCCUCUCCUCCCAUGGCGUCCUCCUCCUCUUCCACCGGGAGCGAUCUUGAUGAGGCCUUCGACGAGGACAUGGAAGCCCUGAGGAGGGCCUGCAUGCUGACCGGUGCCGACCCCGUCGCCGUCGACGACUCCGGCUCCGAUUCCUGCGGGGAGAGCAGCGACACUGACGACGUCGAUCUCCUCCGCCGCCUCCAGGAGCGGUUCUAUGAUCCCUCCUCGGAUGCCGAUUCCCUGCCCCUCAUCAAACCCCUCAUCUCUCUCCCGCCUCCCGAUUCUGAUGAGGAAGAUGAUUUUGAAACCCUACGUGCCAUCCAGAAGAGGUUCACUCAGUAUGAGAGCGAUGCCGCUGGAAGGAAAUCUCAAAACUUCAUACAAGAUACUGAGAUAGUUGUUGCUGAUAUGACGUAUGGGCAAGAAACUCGUAAUAUAUUGCCCAACAAUGGAAAAAACAUGGCACCGAGCGAAGAGCUUCUUGCUUCUGGUUUCACUGAACGUGCUGAGGAUGAAGCGAGCAAUGUGAAUUUUAGGGGUUUCAUGAAAUAUCAGUUCCCAAAGUCUGCGAAGUUCUUUGUUGAUGCCCUCAAGAAGAACAGGUCAUGCCAGAAGUUUAUUAGGAGGAAGCUGAUAGAAAUUGAAGCAAAGAUUGAAGAAAAUAAGGAACUGAAAGAACGCCUUAAAUGUCUUAUGGACUUUCAGGUUGCCUGCAAAAGGAAAGCAGGGCGCAUAUUAAGUCAGAAAAAGGAUCCUCGUGUCAGGCUAAUUUCAAUGCAAAAGCCAAGGACCAUUAAAGAUUCCAAGGCCAGUUAUAAAAAGGUUCCUGCCUUAUUUUUUGGCCCAGCUGAGAACUCCCAUGUAUCCAAAUAUAAGAUGGUACUUAAGACUUUCCCAUUCUCACUUAGAAAACAAAAAUGGUCAAACAUGGAAAAGGAGAAACUUGCGAAGGGUAUAAAGCAACAAUAUCAAGAGAUGCUUAUUUUGAGUUCGAUGAAUUGUGAGAGUGAUAUAGAUUCAAAUUUAAUGUCUGCACUAUCAAGCAGUGAUCUUGACAUCACACCAGAAAAAAUAAGAUCUUUCUUACCAUUAGUCAAUUGGGAUCGGCUGGCUUCUAUGUAUAUCACAGGCCAUUUUGGUGCAGAGUGUGAAGCAAGGUGGUUGAACUGUGAAGACCCAAUGGUUAAUCACAACCCAUGGACCAUACUGGAGGAUAAGAAGCUUCUAUUUAUUGUCCAGGAAAGUGGGGUUUAUAAUUGGAUUGAUAUUUCAAUUGCAUUGGGAUCAAAUAGAACUCCCUUUCAGUGCCUGGCACGUUACCAACGGAGUCUUAAUCCUCAUAUUCUGAACAAGGAUUGGACAGAAGAUGAAGAUGCUAAACUUCGUGCAGCUGUAGAAAGUUUUGGUGAUAAUAACUGGCAGCUUGUGGCUUCUAAUCUAGAAGGCCGCACGGGUCCUCAAUGUUCUAAUAGGUGGAGAAAAUCCCUGAACCCUGAUAGGAGAAAGGUGGGGAGGUGGUCUGUGGAUGAGGACAAGCAUCUGAAAGUAGCAGUAAUGCUUUUUGGGGCCAAAAAUUGGAAUAAGAUAGCUCAGUUUGCCCCUGGUCGGACACAGGUUCAAUGCAGAGAAAGGUGGCUUAAUUGUCUAGAUCCAUCUUUGAAUCUGAAAGCAUGGACUGAAGAAGAAGAUGCCAAGCUAUUGGCAGCAAUAGCUGAACAUGGAUAUUGUUGGUCGAAGGUUGCAACUUGUGUGCCUCCACGUACUGAUAGCCAGUGUAGAAGGAGAUGGAAGGUUUUACUUCCUCAUGAAGUACCAUUACUACAAGCUGCUAGGAAGAUGAAGAGAACUGUUCUUAUAUCCAAUUUUGUGGAUCGGGAGAGUGAACGGCCGACAAUUGGUCCCAAUGACUUCACGCCACUUGUAAAUUUUUCGGAGGCUGAAAAUGAUGAUGGUACGAGACCUAGAAAGAAAAGAUCGAGUGAUAAUCAACCCAAGAAGUCUAGGGUUAAGUCCAAGAGAUCUUUUAACGAGACUUCUACAGCAGAUGGUGUGAUAAAUAUUUCUACCAAUGCGGUUCCUGCUGACUCAGCUCUUGUUUGUGGCAUCAAUUCUAAUACUGCUGGUGGUGGGAGCAGUAAGAGGUCAAGGAAGAAAAAAUCAAGUGAUGAUCAACCUAAGAAGUUGAGAGCUACAUCAAGCAGAUCUGUUAAAGAACAUGUUACAGCAGAUGGAAUGGUAAAUUCUUCUGCCGAUAAAGUUCCUUCUGACAAAUCUCUUGUACAUAUUGUAAGUACUACUACUGCUGAAAGUGGGAGAAUUAAGAGGACAAGGAAGAAGAUGCUAAGUGGUGAUCAACGCAAUAAUUCAAUGGUCAAAUCUAGAGAAUCUUGUAAAAAAAAUAUAAUGGCUGAUGGCAUGGUUAAUUCUUCUACUGAAACAGCUCCUGCUGACUUAUCUCUUGUACCUAGUGCAAAUUCUAAUACUGCUGAAAAUGGGAGCAUUAAGAGAACUGGCAAAAGAACAUCAAGUGAUAAUCAACCCAAUCAGUCAAGAGUUAAAUCAAGAAGGUUUGUUAAACUAAAUCUAGAGACAGAUGCUAUGGUAAAUUCUACUGGUGAUAUAGUUCCUGCUGGCUUAUCUGCUGUGCCUAAUGUAAAUUUUAGUACUGCCGAGUGUGGGGGCAAUAAAAGGACAGCUCAGAGAACAUUGAGUUGUAAUCAACACAAUAAAUCUAAAGCUAAGUCCAGAAGGUUUCAUGAAGAAAAUAGAACAACAGUUGACACGGUGAUAGAUUCUUAUGCUGAUACCAUUCCUGCUGAUGCAUCUCUUGUACCCAUUGUAAAUUCUAAUAAUGCUGAAAGUGGGAACAUUAAAAGGACAAGGAAGAAAACCUUAAGAGGACCCGAAGCUGAGGCUCAAAAGGUGGCCUCCUAGUAAGUUUAACUUGAGUGCUACUCAUCUUCUUAUGCGAUGGUCCACUGCUGAUGCUAUCCAAGAAGUCUAGUGCUGAAAGAGAUGUCCGACAGAAAAUAAAGUAACAGAUAGUGUGGUGAAUUAUCCUGAUGCUGAAAAUAUUAGCAACGGUUCACUUAUUUCAAGGUUAGGGUCUCCAGCUGUUGGAAUUAGGAGUGCCAAGAGGGUAAGAAACCAAACAUUAAGAGGAACUGUGGCUAGUAAUGAAAGGGUGCACUCUAACAUGAAUUCCAGAACAAGCUACCCGAGUGCUAGGGCAAGAAGAGAGAUCUCUAGAAGAACUUUCUUUGACAGAUAGUAUCAUAAAAGGAAACAAUAUCAUUUCAAUGGAGAAAGGGUCAGCAAAUGUGAUUCUCGAAAAGCCUAUUUUUAGUGAACUACCAGAGGCUAACAGGGUAGUGUGUCAGCUGGAACAUGGAAUGCUUGAUGUCAUAGGAACUGGUGCUCCUGAGGGUGAAACAAACACUAAUGAAGUUCCCCAAUUGAACACAGAAAAAGAAAUUCAUUGUGAAGAAGAUACUAGAGCUGGAGAGUAUGAUGCAUUACUUGUUCCCAUGUCGCUUAGCAAGGCGAAAAGAAGACGAGAAUGCUUGGAUAACCAAGUUGUAGCGCAGAAUGCUGGGGACCCUUUUGAGAUUAAUGGCAUUGAGAAAAUGAAGACAAAAAAAUGGCUCGAGGUGAUUCAUGGCAUGGAUGAAAAUUUCCAAUCAGCUGACUGCCAUAAAGCUCUGGAGCUUCUAAACAAUUCAGCUUCUGAGACUGCAGACUGUCAUGGGAUUGUUGUGAUGGAGGCGGGUCCAUGGAACCCUGCUAAUCAAGGAAAAGGAUUUCUUGCCAUGAACAAGUAAAUGAGAAGAUGCACGAAGGAUGGGAGUCAUGCCAAUUUCUUUGCAAAUUGGAAUCUGAGAUUACUUAAUUCUAUGAACUUGGAACAGAAGGAUUUGUAAACAUUAGGCAUUAGGCAAUGACAUGAAUCAACAGAUGGAAUGGUGAAGGAUGACGAGACUGAAUCUCAGUACUGUGAGUUCUGAAAACUGCGCUGUGGGCAUGCAUUUGGAUUUUGAAACAAUCAGUUUUUUGCAGGUCCAACAACUGUUGUUGCAGUGCCAACAUCAUGUAUUUAAUUGAUGCACCAUUGAUGAGAGUUGUCGUUGCCCUUUUUCUGGUUGAAUGCUGUGUAGAAAUACACAAGCUUUUUGUCUUUACAAACAGGGGCUAGCCAAGGGUUUUGGAGGGCUCUUGAUGAUGCACUUUCUUAAUGCAAUCCAGCGGCUGUCAGCCUAAUAGUGGAUAUUUGAUGGUGACUAGAGGUGCAUAUGGAGCUCAAAUAGAUAGAACCACAGUGGCAAUGCGAAGGAAUACACGAUUGAUCUAAGAUAUUAGAAGGUUCGCGGUUUGCUAAGAAACUGCUGAGAAAAGGUGAAGACAAAAAGGAAUUUCUGAGAGCUUGCAAUGUUAACGACUUUCCUGUCUCGUUGCUUUACAAAGGAAAAUGCAAGAAAAGAAAAGAAAAAUGAUUGACACAAAUUUUCGUUGUUUUUAUCUGUCCUUUUGUUUUCCCCCCUGCUUAUUUGACAUAUCUUUUGCGGCACUUAUCUUUUUCAACACUUUAUAUUUGAAAAUUCUUUGACUUGAAACAGUAAACUCAUGAAAAUCAAUGAAGUAAAAUCAAUCGUCUGGCAUGUUAACCCAAAAGGAAAAAAAGUUUGAUGUGACUCGAAA